CCCCUCGCGGCGGGGACUCCGUCCUCCGGCGGGAAGAAGAGGCUGCGCUGACGGCGGGCCGAGGGAGUUUCCGCAAUGGAGAAGAGGGAAGGUGAUAAUCCUGCCAUUGAUGAGAAUGCAGGUCAAAGCAUCAUGCCAAGAAGAAAUACAGGAAACCUUAGCAACUUGAAUGUGGAUAUGCAAGUCACCAAUCCACCAGAAGCAGCUGCACUUUUUAAUUUACAUCAAGCACACCAUUUUGGUGAGUUUGAACACUCUUCAGAACAACACUGCAAGCAGGAUCUGUUCCCCAAGUGGCACUCGCCAAUGAAGAUAGCAUCUGUGAUCUCGUUAUUAACAUUUAUUUACACUUCCAUGAGAGAUGUCAUAUAUCCUUUUAUAACCAGAAAGGAAAAUGUUUUCUAUAAAGUUCCAAUCCUUGUCAUAAACAAAGUUUUACCAGUGGUUUCAAUUACCCUUUUAGCACUAGUGUAUUUACCAGGAAUAUUAGCUGCAGGUUUCCAGCUGUACUUUGGCACCAAGUAUAAAAGGUUUCCCCAGUGGCUGGAUACAUGGAUGUUAUCAAGAAAGCAAUUUGGACUUCUCAGUUUCUUCUUCGCUGCAAUGCACGCCUGCUAUAGCUUAUGCUAUCCAAUGAGAAGAUCAUACAGAUACAAGCUGCUGAACUGGGCAUUCCAGCAGGUCAAACAAAAAAAAGAAAAUGCUUGGAUUGAACAUGAUGUUUGGAGAAUGGAGAUUUAUGUGUCUCUAGGAAUUGUGGGACUUGCUUUGCUGGCCUUGUUGGCAAUAACAUCAAUCCCAUCUGUCAGUCACUCUUUGACCUGGAGAGAGUUCCACUACAUUCAGAGCAAGAUGGGAUAUUUAGCCCUGCUGCUAUGCACUGUUCAUGCACUGGUGUUUGCUUGGAAUAAGUGGGUUGAUGUUAACCAAUUUAUCUGGUAUACACCACCUUCGUUUAUGGUAGCAGUUUUUCUUCCUAUUGUAGUUCUGCUUUGUAAAUGCAUACUGCUCCUCCCAUGUUUUAGGAAGAGGAUAAAAAAGAUCAGAUGUGGUUGGGAAGCUAACACACAAACCAAUCAAACCAGCAUGACUUCCAGACUGUAGAUCAAAUAUGGACAUUUCCUCUCUAUGUAUGUAAAUAUGCUCAAGGCCAUGAAAUGUUCACUCACGAGCUCUGUUUUCAUAUUUUCUACAGAUGUUUCUUUUUCACUUUUCAUUUUGACUUCAGGAGUAUGGGAUACUUGAUGCAGUUUGGACCUUUUCUAAGACAGAAGGUGGAAACAUUCAUUUUACACUUUAAUCUAUUCAGUGUUCUGGUAUUUGAUCAUUUCUUUCUUCUGACUCACUGCUUUUAAAAUCCAAGGGCUUCAUUGCCUCAACUGUAAUUCUUUCGUAGGCAAAAGCAAUCAUAAAUCAUUGCUCCAGAUGACCACAGAGUGUAAAUAAAUGAUUACACCACAGAACCCAGGAAUGCUUUCUGCUUCCCACAGCCAUGUUUGUUCCUUCGUUAAAUCUCAAUAUUGUAAUGGGACAACAACCAGAGUAUUUAUCAUCCCAUUCCCCCUUAUCGCCUGCAUCCUAUGUUUCACUCUGCAGAAUGGGGACCUUGGCACAUAAGCCAGAAAGAAACUGUGUAUUCCCACCAGGUCUUGAACUCAGACAAUUGGGCAAGCAGAAUUGCAGGGAACUUUACAAGGUAGAUCUCUCCUGAGGCUUGGGUACAGUCUAAAAAAAGAGUUUUUAGACUCAGAUCUCCAUCUUAUACAGGACUAGGUGUGUCUCUAUUUAUUUAAAACGAUAAAACAUUUCCCAUUUUUUAUUCCAUGAACACGUUCUUUUGUUUCUCAUGCUGGAAAUUUUCCAUGCUUUUGACCUAAGCCUACAGCUCUUGACAUGUGCUAAACUUUAUUCGCACAAAUUAUUCCAGUGGGAUAAUUCACAUCAGGUAAAUGUGUUUUACUGUUUAUUCUAGGGCCAGCACAAUU